UUUUUUUCCUCUGUAUGAUCAUAGAAAGUAGAUAUUUCAGGAGUUUGUUAGUCACAAUAAAAAUUAUCUUCAUCCUCUGUGGUUCAGUUUGGGGUUUUGUGUUUUCAUAAUACACAUAUUUCGGUUCAGGCUAACAAAAAUGGAGUCAGCAGUUUUGACAGUGGACUGCUCUGUAAGGCAUGAGCUGUGCAGCAAUUCUGCCUGCUCUGUGUGGUUUAUAAACAGAGGCUCAAACCCUCAGCCAUGGGUAUGGAUACUAUAUAUCGAGCAGUGAUGUGCCCAGAUUUCAUGUGAGCUGUCAGAUGCUGUUGGUUUAUGUUCACUGCAUUCUUAACUCAUUAUUUCUGCAUUUAGCAGGUUAGUGGUUUGAUUAGUGGUUAUAAACUUAAGUUGAGUUGUGAAUGUGUGCAAAUCAUUUAUUAGAGUAGCUUGUCCUUUUAAACUACACUGGGCACAUCUGACGGUUUAAAAGAUGCGCGUUGUAUUAGCAGAAAUUCUCAGAUGCUAAAUAAAUUCCUCUGAGGAUAACAAUUGUACUGCUUGAAUGAAAUUUUGUUGGGCAGAUGUUGUCAGGAAGAAUUGGGAGUUUUGUUCUGAAAAAUAUUCCAUAAAAGAAAUCCAGAGUGAUGUGCCCGUGAUCACACAGGAAGUCUAUAGCUGAGUACAGUGUUCAACUCAUGUCUGCCAAAGUUUAUCCCUUGCCAUGCUACCUUUUAAUGUUUUGCAUUAUUUAUUUUUUAGAGAUUGUAUCAGCUGUGUGGGUAAAAAGAUGGAUUUUUAUUUCGCUUUUUUAAUUGUUAAGUCCUUAAUUUUCAAUGCUCAUUUUUGUUUAUGAACAAUAUGAAGGUAGUAAUUUCAUUGGAGCGUGGGGUUUUUUUUCUCUUGUUGUAGAUUGUUGUUCUGCAUUGUUUUGUCUGAAGAACUCUGCAGGUCACUUAUUUUUCAAUAACGUGAUGCUGUAAAGACACAUUUGAGAUUCAUGCCUGUAGCAUAUCUUGCAGCAUCCUAAGAAAUUCUGUGUGAAAUUGCUGCAAAAGCAGAGAUGAUUGUACAAAGAGUAGUGCUGAAUUCACGGCCUGGUAAGAAUGGAGUGCCAAUGGCUGAGAACUUCAGGCUGGAGCAAAGUACAAUAGCAGAUACAGUCCAAGCGGGACAAGUGCGUGUUAAAACUCUCUAUCUCUCAGUGGACCCCUACAUGCGCUGCCGAAUGAAUGAGGACACGGGCUCGGAUUACUUGCAGCCCUGGCAGCUCUCUGAAGUUGCUGAUGGCGGGGGCAUUGGGGUUGUGGAGGAGAGCAAGCACCAGAACCUUGCUAAAGGAGACUUUGUAACCUCCUUCACUUGGCCCUGGCAGACAGUGGCAAUUCUUGAUGGAAACUCGCUACAAAAGCUGGUUCCACAGCUUGUGAAUGGACGCCUUUCCUACUUUCUGGGUGCAGCUGGCAUCACGGGGCUGACAGCCCUGCUGGGAAUCAGGGAGAAGGGACACGUGGCCGUGGGUGCAAAUCAGACCAUGGUGGUGAGCGGAGCGGCCGGCGCCUGCGGCUCUUUGGCCGGCCAGAUUGGCCGUCUGGAGGGCUGCUCUAGAGUGGUGGGGAUUGCUGGCACAGAUGAGAAGUGCUCCAUUUUGGUCCAAGAAAUGGGGUUUGAUGCUGCUAUCAAUUACAAGAAGGGGGAUGUGGCAAAACAACUACGUGAACUCUGCCCAGGUGGUGUGGAUGUGUACUUUGACAAUGUUGGUGGAGACAUCAGUGAUGCUGUUAUAAGUCAGAUGAAUCAGAACAGCCAUAUCAUCCUGUGUGGACAGAUUUCUCAGUAUAACAAAGAUGUGCCUUAUCCCCCUCCACUGCCUGCUGACACAGAAAAAAUACGGAAAGAAAAGAACAUCACAAGGGAAAGAUUCUUGGUGUUGAACUACAUGGACAAACAAGAAGCUAGUGUAUUACAACUCUGCCAGUGGAUCCAAGAAGGUAAAUUGAAGGUCAGAGAGACUGUGGUUGAAGGCUUAGCAAACAUCGGUGCUGCUUUCCAGUCCAUGAUGAAUGGAGGCAAUAUUGGAAAACAGAUCGUCUCAGUUUCGAAGUAAAAUCAGUGGUUCAAGAAAAAUAAUUGCAUUCGGUCUCUAACAGUGGGCAAGUUUUUACUUAUACUAGUUUCCAUUUCUUAAAUAAACCAUUAAGUUGUUCUGUAUGUACUGAAAGCAGAGAUUUUUGGGAUGCUAAUAAAUUAAACUGAAC